AUGGCAGACCUUCCCACCAAAGACGACAUCAAGUCCCAAGCCGUCGACGGCCGUCCCAUCACACAAGCCGAAGCAUCAGCCAUCGCUUCUGAAGAAUCAGCCCUUACCGGCAGCGGCCCCAUCAAAGGCGGUGCGGCAGCGACUGCUCAGAGUCUACAUGACAAGCAGCAAAACUUCCUCGAGAAGGCGGGCGAAGUCGUACGAAAACCGCCCACUGAGGUGACCAAGGAGGAUGCCGCCGAGGUGCAGCGCGCAGAGGCUCGGGCAAAGGGCGGUCCUCCUGGAAAGGGAUCUACGGCUGCUGAUGUGCAGUCUGUCGCGGAUACGAAUACCCAAGCUUAG